GAGAGGUUGAACCUUGAAGAGGGCAAGGAUUGGAAACAGUAGCGCUGGCCGCCGGGUUCAACAUGGCUGCUGAAGGGAAGAUGAAGAAGAAGACGCGGGAGGCCGCAUUCAAAAAGCAGCUUGCUCUCGAGCGCGAGGCUCGUGCUGCAAAGCUCGCCUCCAGCUCUUCCGCCUCUUCAAUAUCCUCAAAGGCAAAGACAAAGUCAAAGCCGGCCUCCAAGGCUGCCAAGCUCUCUGCAGCAUCUAAGUCGAACAGCGACAAGAAAAGGAGAAGCAAACACGAAGCAGAGCACAAAGUCAGCUCAUUCCGAUACAAAUCUUUCAAUGAUCGUCUCGCGAAUGUCCAGCUCGAUAGGUUAACAAGCUCAUCUAGCAAACUCGCCGCCGGCUUGGACCCCCUCAACGGAGAAUUCUACAACUCCUAUUCUAAUCAAUCACAGGGCCAUUCCGCCGUCAAACGGAGGCGCUUGGACUUGGACAAUCUUACAGAGCAAGAUCACACAGAUUCGCUUUAUACCACCCAGUUUGGUACUGCACUUGCAACUUGGAGGGAACUCAACCUCUCGAGCCCCUUCGUCAACUUUUUGCGCAUAGCAUUGCCGAAAGCACAAUCCCUACCGCUACUACUUCACCAUCGCGAUGAGCUCGUCGAUGCGCUGAUUGGCCUACUUUCGCCAGCGCACGGUCCUACUCAUGCCAGUGCCAAUGCAGGGGUAGCUGCGGUCUCGAGCGGUGCACAGCAUGCUUAUGAGCCCGCACUUGACCUUUUACCACGCCUAGCUGCGGAUCUGGGGGGAGGUAUAGAGUUUGCACCAGUCUUUGCGCGCUCACUUCGCGCUGUCCUACGCAUCGCCGGCGAGUGCAACCGAUCUUGGACGGAUGGAGACGAGGUGCUUGCUGCCGACCUUGUCGAAAAAGCCUUCGCAAGUGCUACGGGUCUGCUCAAGGUGCUGGCACCAUGGGCACUCGGCGAUGGGAAAGAGGCGGAAAGUACGAGAGCAGAUAUUUGGGAGAUCUUCAGAGGUCUUAUUGGGUAUCAAGAGACUGGGACAGUAGCUUCUUUGGAUGACGAUGAUAUCGACGGCGCUGAAGAUGGGAAUGACGAAGAAGAAGUGGCAAUCUGCAAUCAAGAGCCAGAUGAUGGAACACAUGACCCGCAAGAAGAAGCACACUAUGAAUCAUCUGCCCAGCCAGAGUCCACCUUUGUCGAGUCUACAGAUGAUGCUUCCGUCCCCGUGGAGACUGGACUCCCACCGCACAAGAAGGCGAACCCAGCAUUUCGCAGAGUAUCGCCACAUGUACAACGCUUUGCCGCCGAAGCCCUUGCGCAUCUCGUCCGGACAUCUGUUUCUUUGCACGUCAAUAGCAAGGGCCAAGCUCAACCCUCACCCUUAAGCCAGAAUUCGGUCUCGGUUCCGACAAGAGCACGCGAGCUGGCGCUGCUCAUGCUACACGAUCUAGCCGACGUGCUACAACGCGCCGCGACUGUGCAGAAAGCCGGCGCUGGGAACGCAGCGGGCGCCUUGACGGUCAAAGCGGCGGAGAAGGCUCAACGGCAUUGUGUCAUGUUCGCACGCGGCAUUGCUGGCGCUUGGUCUGAGGCAUGCAAGUCCACCGACCACCAUCUGCAUGGCGACACACCGACCAUCCUCUCUGCGCUCCUGCAACGUGACGAGUCGCGAUCAAGCUCAAAGCUUGACUCGAGCCGUAUCAGCACUUUGGAAAAGGCGCGCUCGCUCGUUGGCCGCCUGCUGCUCACAAAUCUCGUGCACUAUAGCAAAGCGGCGCAUUUCGGGGAUGUGCUGCAUUUAAUUCUUGGGCUCGUUAAGCAAGGCUUGCGGCCAUACGCUGAGGAAACCGGCCAAGUUGAAAUGGACGUCGAUGAUGAUGAUGUCGAGAAGCAAAAUGCAGAGGAACAGCUCCGGGAAGAUAUGGCGCUUUUGAGCAUAUGCGUGGGCGUCCGCAAAGGCUCUCGAAUUGAAGACGCCAAGAAGACUUCGCUAUUUGCACUCCUUCCGCCACUCGCCUCUCUUCUGACUCUUCUGGAUCGUCGGCACGUAGACAGUAGCGGCAGCCAAACAAUACAGCUGCACACCACGCUCAUCGCGUUCAUUGCCCUACUCAUCCCCAUUGGACGGAUGCAAGAUCAACUCAGCGCUGUCCCACGCUUUCUCAACAGCAUCUCUGCGGCCGAGACCGCCUCUAAGAGCGAUGCGUACGGGAUAUUGACCAAAGCGGACGCAGAAGUGCCUUCUUACAAAUCCUUCAAUGCUAUCAUUGCUGCACUCGCCCAACCAACUGUUGAUUGGAGCGGUUUCAAGCAAUUUGCGCUGCCGAGCGUUCUGAAGCACAUCACCACUUGUCUAUCGAGCUCAGCCGCAAGCGCCUCAGUAAUGGCAGCGAGAACGUUCCAUCUGCUCGCCAUGCUCAAGGAUCGGGGACAGCUGGACGAUCUCGUUGGUCAAGCACCUUCGCCAGCUUCCGCGCAAUUCAUGAGGUCCGUUUCGAAGCACAUUAAAGCGAUGAUGCAACUGGGGAAGGAAGUCCUUCAACGUUCCACAUCCCUUGCUGAGACCGAACUCGCCGAUCUGCUCGAUGCUGCGCGAUUUGCUCCGCUGCUCGCUCGACACGAUCCAGAAGUCAUCACGCAGCUCGAAGCAUUGGUUGCUCUUAUGGUCGCGGCAGCCACAACUCAGCCCCUGUUUGUUGAACCGCUACGUACUACUCUCGAUUCUCUAGCCCAAGGUGUCGAACGACUCGAGUUUGGAGGUGCAAGCAGCAAGCGCAUCUCAGCGCUUGUCGCUGUCCGCGGAAACCCUGACUAUCUUCCAAUUGUCUUCUCCCUUCUCACGCUUGACUCACCAAGCCGCAGUAUGCUUCUAUCCAGCAUCCGUCGGCUAGCAGGUGCAAUGGCAGGGCAUGGAGUGGCCCUACCUUCUUCUUUCACUGCCGUUGUCACGUUCGAGGCUCUGCGGCCCUUCAUUAUGUCUCAAGACACGCAGCUUCGCCAUGCCGCGUUAGACCUGCUCCUGACAUGCAGCACAAAUCGCGGAGACUACAUUGCAAUCAACAAGACGCUGGAAGAGGUGCGCGACAUCGAAGCUAUUCCGCUCGCCGUUGCAACUGUCCGAAAUCGCACCAUCAAGACACGUGCACUCGGCCGCUCCCUGCUAAGCGAAGGCGGCGAUCAGGAAGGCACUCCAGCGGAUGUACAAGAGCUUCGAGCGCGUAUCAUCAUUGAUGUGAUUGUCUCUUCGCUAAAGCUCAACUUCAAGCCAAUCUGGGGCGAGAGUAUCGCAGCGCUGGUUGAUGUCGCGCAAAGGUUCCCAGAACUUGUCUGGACCUGCGGCUUCGCAGAGCUGGAAUUUCAUUUCAACUCCAGCACGAUCGAUGCGCCUGAAGAGCUAUCUCAAGUGUCUGAAUCGUCGCAGGCAGUACUCGGUGCGCGUAUUGCAGAUCUUCGACUCAUACCGGUGAGCUUGCCCCAGUUGCAUGCCGCGUACACCGAGAAAACCUGGACAGACCCAGUGCUCGACAAUCGGCAUAGUGAGAUCCUCGAAGUGUGCACCGACGCCCUGCAACCCUCUGUCGCCUCGUCGCGCAGCAGUGCUACUGCCAUUGAACGCCUCAGCGUCGUUAAUUACAAGCUGCAGCUGCUGCACCUCACAGCGGACAUUCCAGCCCAAGUCCAAAAACAUAACGCACAUUUCAUUUCGCUAUUUCUGAAAUCAAAAGACGAAUUGGUCCAAGGGAACCUCAGGGAUGACGUUGGCUCAAGCUCUGAUCUCUGCGCAAGAGACAGGCAAGAGAGACUCUCCGCGUUCCUCAAGGUCUUUGCCAAGCUCCAUAACCCCAAAUCGCUUCAUCGCAGCAGCGACCUGUACGCCACCUUUCUCGCCCUGUGUGCAUCGCGCGAUACACAAGUUCAGCGCCUUGCUCUCCAGUGCAUUCUCACUUGGAAAGAUCCUUCGCACAUCAGCUACCAAGAGACGCUCACCAAUUUCCUCGAACAAUCCAAGCAGCGAGAUGAGCUGACCAACUUCGAUCUCACGCCGGACACCGGCUCUGUACAGCCUUCGCAUCGUGCGACACUCCUACCUCUCAUCAUUCAUCUUUUCUAUGGGCAGAUGAUGUCUACCAAGGCCCGCACCAACUCGGUCCGCACCGCAAUGCUAGUCUCGCUGGCUCGAUCUCAUGCUGAGGAGCUCAAAGCACUGUUUGACCUCAUGCUCGCAUCCUUGGAUGAGUCACCAGACGAACAGUCGCUAGAGUUUGAGCCAAGCCAGACCGCCCCGAGUGCGACGGCAAAGCAGCAGCGCGGCUUCCUCGCCUUUCUCGAACAGGUCAUCAAACAUCUAGGCUUUCGUAUCGGUCCGGCCUGGGAUCGCGUAAUGCGCGUGUUGCUCAACAUCGCCAUUCAUGCUAACCGAUUUGCAGGUGUUCACCCUGGGAGCGAAGGCACGCGCAGUCGUGAGAUUCGACAGGAUGCAUUGAAACGCCUCAAUGAGGUCUUCCAGAUCCCAGCACAGAAGUUUCUCUGGGGUACUUUCCGUCCGAUCAUAUUCAAGGAACUUGUAAGUCCACGACUAUAUUCAAUGCAGAAAGACAGUGUCGAAGCACCAUCAGCAUUGCAAGAGCUUUUCGUGACCUGGUCCAGGGACGCAACCCUGCUCGACUGGCUUGAUUUCAACCCCGAACUUCUUCCGUCGCUCUUCGCUUGUCUCUCUUCCGAGAACAUCAAGGAUCCGGUGACAGACAGGAUCGUCGCUGUCGUCGAGAACGUCGCACAUCUUGCGAACAGUGAAUCUACGGAUGACAACUCGCCAGCUACCGAUUCGAAAGCGGUCCGACUUUUGUCCUCCUUAUCGUCUUCCUUCAUCGGGAAUGCUGCUCAGUGGUGUCAUCGUGGCAGCAUUGACGGAGUCAACAGGGGCUAUCUGCUUCGAAGGAUGAUCGGCGUUCUCGUCACACUUUCUCGCGACUUCAGCGGAGACGAGUCCGAUGCCCGUUUGCUCUUCGACUCUCUGGUUGCACUCUACGCUCGCGGUGCUCUCCGAGGGAAUGAAGGCGUGAAGGAGAAGGUACUGCGGAUCCUCUCUGAGCUUCUUGACCGCGUUCCUCAAGCUGUUUCAGAUGGGGCGGUGGCGCCUGCUGGAUCAUUCCUGGCAUUCGUCUGCGAUCAAAUGGCAUCAUCGCGUGAAGCGAAUUUACGCAAAGAGCUGAGCCACUUGCUUUCCAGGUGGGCAGAGAUGCAGGCUCCUAUCCACAGGGUAUCAGGUUGGCUGUCCGCCAUCAAUGCCUAUCAUCCACGCCGCAUCGAGGAGCCAGAUUUCGAACGGCGCUUGAGCGGGUUUGACGCCAUCAGCUCAGUGGCCAUGUCAGGGCUGCAUAUCUUUGAGCUGCAACUGCUGCUCAGCAACUUGGCGUUCUUCUUGCAGGAUCCAGAUGAGCUCGCGAUUCGCAGUCAAUCAUCUCAUUUGUUUGCCCUGUUCAUCAAAACUUUCUUCGCCUCCCAAGAUGGCACUUCUCAAGCUCGUCAGCUCUUCUCGGCCUACGUGCUGCCCUCUAUUAAGCGUGCUUUGCGAUCGCCAUCCGAACUGGUCAGGCGUGAGGGCGCACGUCUCUUAUCCACUGCCGUGGCGGACAGCUCGCACAUGCAGAAUCUCAAAGACCUGCGUCCUCUUCUUGCGGCAGGCGAUGAAGAGGCAAGCUUCUUCGAGAAUGUCUAUCACAUUCAACUUCAUCGCCGUAUACGUGCUGUGCACCGACUAGCCGAACAGGCUCAGCAGCGCUUGUUUCCAAAUGGUGCCAUUCAGGAAUAUCUGCUUCCUCUGACGGAGCAGAUUCUUUCAGAGGGUAUCAAAAAUGGACUUGAUCACAACCUGGUCACUGAGGCGAUACGUUGUGUUGGAUGUCUUGCGCGAAACCUUCGAUGGGGAGCGUACAACGCCCUUCUAUCGAGAUACCUCCGCCAAGUCAAGGAUCGCAGUGUUGAGGAAAAGCCAAGCGUGCGCGCUGUCUUGUCUAUCUUGGAAAACUUCGACUUCGACUUGGGCGUUGACACAAUCGAAGCAGAUGACAGCAACACGACGAGUAGCACCCUUUCAGCUGUCAAAACAUCGCUCAUUCCCACGCUCCUUAGCCACCUGAACAAAGAUGACAAUGCAGACGAUCACGUCCGUCUUCCAAUCGCUAUGGGUGUUGUCUUUGUGGUCAGAAGGCUACCUGCAAGGGAUCAACGAGGGUUUGUGUUUCAGCUUUUUAGGGCUCUUGCGAACGUCCUCAAGGCAAAAGCUCAAGAAACACGGGACUUGGGCCGUGAGAUGCUCCUGAAGGUCCAGUCAGCUUUAGGGCCCACUUCGCUGAACAUUGCUCUGCAAGAGCUGCGCCGAACGUUAACACGGACAAGCCAAAAGGCGGUGCUGGCAUUCGUGCUGCAUGCCAUGCUUGUGCAAGCGGCGAAUCAGCCCGAAGAGGUGUGCUUGGAUUCAACCUUCAUGAAAGACGCGUCAGAAAUAGCACUGCAAGACCUUUUUGGUCAAGUCGCAGAGGACCGCAUCACUGCCACAGGCAAGCUCAAGGCGCGUGAGAUGAAGCAGUGCAAAAGCUUGGACACGGUAGAGCAUCUUGCCCGGCUGGGGGGUUCACCUACUCUAAGGGACCUUUUCGCAGCGUUGCAAGAUGUGAUGGCUCAGGAAUUGCCUGCCGUCUCGACGAGCCUCGACCAGGUCUUCCGAAGACUUGGGGCCGGGCUGUCUUUCAACAGGGAAAUAAGCAAUUCAGAGCUUCUAUCGCUUUGCCACGCCCUCAUUGCGCAGAGAUCCGCUUUGGUCAAGGGUGGGUCAAAAGAAAGCGAGCCAUCUAUUGCCGCUCUCGUGCCGCUCGUGCUCCGCAAGCGCAAGGAUGUGGAAGGCGACAACUCGGCGUCUUCGAAUACGUUCUCGCACCGCGUUCACCACUUCGUCAUCCUUGGCCUCGAUCUUCUGCUCAUCGGGCUGAAGAAGGCCAAGUUUGAUUUGCACAGUGACGAAGAGGUCUCCCGUUUGAAUGCACUAGUAGGACCGGUUGGAAACGUUCUCCAUGCGCAAGAUUCCACUGUUGUCUCCGCAAGCCUGAAAACAAUGAUCGAGCUGGUUAAAACCGAUCUACCUGCAGUGCGGACAGGCUCAGGCUUGCUCACCAAGCAGCUGAUGGACAUUAUGCAACGCAAUGGUGGAUUGCAUUCGGAGCUGUCACAGAGCGCGCUCAAAGUCGUCUCAGCGUUACUCCGCGAGAUCAGGGAUGCGAAGCUGCCGGAAAAGGACAUUGGCCUGCUACUCGAAUGGAUGCGGUCCGACAUCGAAGAGCCUAGUGUGCAAUCUAGCCUUUUCACUCUGCUGCGCGUGCUGCUGUCAAAUCGCAUCAUGUCACCAGCCGUGUACGACGUGAUGGACAAGAUUGCUAACGUCAUGAUCACAAGCCAGAGCGCGCAAGUGCGGGAGGUAUGCCGCUCCCUCUACCUCCAGUUCAUGCUCGAUUAUCCUCAAGGCAAAGGCCGGCUUCGCAAUCAACUGUCCUUCCUCGCAAGCAAUCUCACUUACACCUUUGAGAGUGGGCGGCUCUCCGUUCUCGAGCUAUUGAGAGCGAUCAUCGCCAAGUUUGACAGAGGUGCUCUGCAGACGUUCUCAGACACCCUCUUCGUGGGACUUGUCAUGAGCGUUGCCAACGAUGAUUCGGAGCAAUGCCGAUCUCAGGCCCGCAAUCUACUACGGACACUGCUCAGAGCCUCCGACAGUACAACGGCAGAACGCAACAUGAUGCUAAUCAGAGGCUGGGCAGACAAGUCAGAAAAGCCUGGUCUCUGCAAGGUCGGCAUGCAGAUGUACACGAUUGCGUCGGAAGCAGUCGUUUCCACGGAAGGAGAGCCGCAAUGGCUCAGCGAGGCUGUGGAUCUGGCGAAGAAGGCGAUCUCGUCGCUCGCUGCUGCAUCGCACAGCUCUGGCGACUCUGCCGACGCGUCGGCCGAGGCAAUGUUGCUGUUGCGGACUGCAGCCGGCGUCCACGAGAUCAGGCUUCCAUCGUUGCUUGAGCUGGGCGGAUCUGACUUAUGGGUUGCAAUUCUGGCGGAUCUUCUCAGUGUGGACCGUCGACUAUCCAUCUCUGCGUCCAGUCUGCUAGGGGAUGUUCUGGAUUCGGCACGCGAGUCCGAGACAGAUUCCACGGGCAAAAUUACGGAGCAGCAGCAUGUCGUUUUUGCCACGCAUCGCAUCGUGAAAGCUGUCGUUUCCGAGGAGCUCACCGAGCAACUCUCUUUACAGCUUCAGCGGUGCCUCGUGGCGUCUGCCUUGCUGCUCCAGCAAGACGUCAACGUGGUCCAGGACAUGAGUGAGCCGAACAGUGUGGAAGAAGGUGGCAAUGACGACGACGAAAGUGCGUCUGAGGGAGACGGAGAUGGCACUCGGGCGUCACCCUUGUCUUGGUGGUUUAGCCGACUCUCAUUUACGCUGCGCUCUCGAGUGACGGCGUGGUCACGCUUUGGUGCCGAUAAGGUGGUCAUGUCGCGACAGAUUAUCUGUCUACUCAAGAGUUUUCAAUCAGUCGCCACGACGUUCUCAGAAGAUCGAUUGUCGCCCUUCCUCCCUCAUAUCCUCAACCCACUCAAUCGCUUUUUGGACGAAACGAUCUUCAUGACAGGAGAUGAUGAACAUGCCCUGGCAGUACGAGCAGCCGCAGAGUUUUUGCAGGACCAGCUUCGCGAAAAGGUUGGCAGCAGCAAGUACGCGACUGUCUUCAGCAGCGUUCGUCAAAAGGCCUUGGAGAAGCGCAAGGAGCGUAAGACAGCGCAGCUCUUGGAGGGCAUCACGAACCCAGAAGCAGCCUUGCACCGCAAGGCUGCUAAGAAUGCGUCUAAGCAUGCGGCCAGAAAGCGCAAGGGGCAGUACCAUAAAGACAGCAAGAUCCGCACAAAGCCCAUCAAGCAUCGAUAAGAAUGAAAGCAUAGAUCAUACACAUGAACAUCUUGCAAGCAUUUUACGCAUAUGUAUCUUCACAUCGUCCAAGUUUGAAGGCAUUCACUCAGGCUGCGUCCUCUUCCAAUAGAUCGACAGCCCGCUCGGCUUGGCGCAUGUCAAUCUGCACCUGCAGCUCCUCAAUUACUUCUCGAAGAAUGCGCCGGUCAUCGUCGAGUUCGCGGAAUCGGCCUUGAGCAAAAUUGUUCUUGGCCUCCAAGCCGCGAACCUCUUGUUCGAGUCGUGAUAUUCUCUCCUGCACCGCAAUCUCUUCGCCAGCAGCGAGGUGCUCAAAGGCAUUGCGUGUGAAUAGCGCCUCGGAAAGGGCGCUGGAGCCUCCCUUUAUUUUUUCC